AUGCUCUUGUUCCUCUUCUUGUUUGGUCUGGCUCUGGGUGCUGAGCCUCCUUCAGACGACCAGCAAGUGAUGCUUCAGCGUGGCUUCUGUCCCAUGUUCUGGGAAACCUUCAACGGCCGCUGCUACAAGUACAUCUCCACACAUCUGACCUGGGCUGAUGCAGAACUGUACUGUGUGUCAGAGGGAGCCAACCUGGUGUCUAUCCACAGUCUGGAUGAAAACACUUUCGUCAACGCCCUGAUCAAGAACUCUGACCCUGCUCAGGGGAUGACCUGGAUUGGACUCAGCGACACCCAGAAAGAAGGAGGAUGGAUGUGGUCUGAUGGGUCUGCAGUCAAGUAUUUCCUCUGGGAUGCAGGACAGCCAAACAAUGCCGGAGGUGAACACUGUGUUCACAAAAACCAUGGCACAUAUUUGAGAUGGAAUGACCUGAAGUGUUCUAAUGCAUUACCGUUUGUUUGUGCAUCUCGCAGAAUGUGUUAUUAGCAAACAAGCAGUUUUUGUCAGAUUCAACUCAGUGACUUUCCACCAGUUGCUGUGUAGUUCUGCAUUGUGACUGCAUUCAGUUCAGUUCAACUGUAUUUGUAUCGCUACAGUAUAAA